GGCUGUGCGAGGACUGCAUCCAGGUCCUUGAGCAGGAGAGGAACAGCGGGAAUGUUCUUUGCAAUGGGGUUAAAUCCUCACGCACAUCCAUGUCCUCUCUCUGUCCCAUUGCGCUGGACUCACACAUUGAGUGUCCAAGAAAUACCUUUCUGUGCUGUCAGCAAACACUGAUAACAUUGCUCUCAGGUCAUCUGUGCCACGCUGGGAAGGUGAGAACGCUCAGAGAGUAGCAGCAGCAGAUACCAACUGCAGAUCUCAGGAAAAGAGCUAUGAGAGCAACUAGGGCGUGCUGAUAAUUAGCUAACGCUUGUUCUGUUUGCUCUGGGCUCUUCAUUGCUGUUGGCUGGCUAUGAAUCUUCUGCUCUAUCACUGCCUGUUUACAGUACGGCACCUAACUCGAGCAAUUAAUCAGUUUUAACAGUCUCUGCUAAUGUCCCUCUGACAUCCGAGGAGCCCAGUUAAAGGAGUUCAUCUCUAAAUACUGCACAAUAGCCAGGAGGGGAGAACACCAUAACGAGCACAGCCUGCAGCGCGUGAGAGAAUCUGACAGAAACAGCUUACAAGUUGGCUUAGAAAACAAAUAACUUUAAAACGGCCAACCUGUAUCCAUACGCCUCUUUUCUGGGCCACACAGCACAGGUUCUCUGCACACCAGACCAUCUCUGCCUCUCACCCCAUCACGAGUGAACUCACGCUGGAUGGCAUUGCCUUGGCUUUCCAGAAUUACGCUGUUGCUGCCAGCCCCCAAGCGUAUCUGUCCAAGCAAGCAGUGUCAAUAUAAUAACAGAAUAAAUGACAUAGAUGUGCAUUUCAAAAAGAAUAAUUCAUAGGUAAUUUUCAAUUACAGAGAAUAAUUCAUAGGUGCCUGAUUUGCAAAGGGAAUAAUUUACGAUGAACCUGAAUUGCACAUGAAAGCAUUUACAGGUUACUGUGACAAAGGGGGUGUAUCGGCUGUGACCUGCUCGGGCUGCAUUUUUGGGGCAUUUCUUGUGCAAACACCCACAAUUUUGGAAAAAAGUGAACAUUUGCUAUUGGCUGUGAGUUGGAAUAACAAAAUUCAGAUUAGAAAUAGGGUAUUUUUUCCUAAUAGAAAAAAUAGAGAAUGCCAUGAGUGGAGACACUCACUUGCAGCAAAUUAUUGUUAUAGUUUUGCUCAAAGGAUUUCUUCAAGCGCAACUAGAAGUCAGUGGCCUUUAAGCAAGGAGUUACUUUCUCCUCAGAACUGGCUAGUCAGGUCCUGUGCUUGUCAUUGGCCAAGUCAUCAAAUUAAUUGCUGUUUGCUCUGAAGAUGUAACAUCUCCUUCCUAUGUACUGAAAUGCAUAUGGAUGCGUUGGUGCUUCCAGUUCUUCAUCACUGCCUUGGUGUCUUAAAACCGCAGGAAAAAGAAUGCCCAUUGCAGCUGAAGUGCCAUUCCCUCCUGAAGGACUGCACUGGAGCGUUAUAGCAGGCAGCCCCAACUCAGGAGCUAAAAAUUACAAAGCCCUUCCACGCCACUUCAGUUAAUGAAAGAGUAUAUCCAUCUAUUAGACCAAGAACAAACACUAUCUUCUACAGUCAGUGUUGCAAGAGAAUCUGCUGAAGAUGCCCAUAAUAUUUUUCUGAAACACUGAUUUCCCGCAGUGAAGUAUUCUAGAAAUGCUUGUUCAGUAGAAGCAGUGCUGGUGGAUUUGGUGAAUGCAAUGUGUUGCUGCCGUUCUCUUGGAAGCCAAACUGGUGUCCAAGAGGAAGAGGCACGCGCUGCUCCAGGCUGCACAAUGCAAAUAAAUUCCUGCCCUUGACCUUCCCAACCACCAAAGUGUUACCGGGGACAUCCUCGGGCAUGGUGGGUGCUCACAAAAUGCCCAUGUUUAGAGCUGGGAGCGUCUCGUGCAGGGUGAAUGUCUCCUUUGAGGAAGCCUUAGGAAACAAUGUAUGCCCCACAGCUUUGGGUACAUGCUACAGUUCAUGAGAGAGCCUGGGGGAACACACACUGAGAGACAGCACUCAUUGUGUUCGAUGCUGCACACAUCCACUCUUCGCUACUUCCCAUUUGGAAAAAUCCAUUCAUUCUCUAAGCAGCUCCUCACACACCCCCACGUACUCACCAGGCAGUGCUGAUGAAAGCAGCUCCUGCUUCUCAGAAACCUUUGGCAAGAUCACUCCCAACCCAGGCUGAGCACAGAGCUUGGCUUCCUCGGUAGCAGCGGGCAGGCAGGGCUCACACAGCACAGCGAUGCUAACACUGCUCAUGGUUUGCAGCGUAAGUUCUGAGUAUGGUGGGAAAAAGGAUGCUUGCAUUUAGAGUUUGUGCAGGACGAGUGGAAUCUUGACCUUACUCAAGUCCAGGGGAAAACUCCUGCUGACUUCAGUUGGGUCGGAAUCUCCCUUCGCCCUCUUCAAUUUGCAAGUAAGUCAGAAGCAAAGAGAUUUUGGUGACAAAGUGCAAAAUAACCACACGUGUACUCUUGUUGCGUGUUGCAGAAGCAACGUGGGCACCUUUGGGGCAACAAGAAGAGGUAGCUGAGAAAGCAUCAAAGAUUUUAUUUCUAGAAUUCCAUUGGAUUAAGGCCCUUGCACUACUUCAGAUCCCACUGUGCUCCCGCUGUCAGGCUUUAAUGCCAGUGAAAUACAAAGCUUGCAAAAAUAAAAGCAAACCGCUUACCUGCUCCCUCUCCUCUGAGAUACCCCCUUAGCUCCUCAGAAGAUCACACAAAACAAGACUUUUCUAAGGACUGCUUACACAUACAAGCAUCUUCCCAAGGGCUAGAUGUAAAGAAACUCAGUUUUAAUGGGUUGCCACCUUUCCCUUACGGUGAAACUACCAGGGCCAUCUCUGCGUAACAUCCGGCUCAUGUUGGUACUCUUAGUUAAUAUUGAAUUCAUCACUACAUCACUGCCCUCAGGGGCAGCUGACCAGUGAGCUACUUCAAUUACAGACAUAACUGGUUCCUCCUAAAAAGAUUGUACCUCCUUUCUUCCGUGUCCCCCUCUCAUUGCAUAGUGCUGUUACAACGAUGAUGGUUGGCAGCUGAUACACGCAUUUAUCCACCCAGAAAGCUUGUCUGGUUUCUUUCAAGCUAGUAUUAACUUGCCUGAUAGAAAAUAACACCUCUUCCUAGAAAGCCCGUGCUUUGUUGCGUAUCUACCUGCGUGUUUUCAUUCUGCUGUAUGCAGGUGGAGCACUCACCCGUACCAAGCAGCUUUUCCCAAAGCACAGCUGCUAAAUACUCGGGUUCUAUUUGGCACAUCUGCUCUGCUUUCCUACCAUGGACAGGAGCACUGCCUUUCAACACCGCGCAAGGGCUAGUCCAGCUAGAGGCACAACAUGCGGCUUUAGGAAGGAGCAUAAAGAAAUAAAUAGAUAAACCCAACCAUCUGAUUUAAUCCAGACCUCCGGUAGCAACACUGGGGCUGUGCAUUCUUGAGCACCACCUACUGGUACGCUGUCCAUAAACCAGUGAUGCUCACGAAGGUGCAGAGCGUCCCGUAACGGCUGCUCUCUCACACUCAUUUCAGGCAGCUGGUGGGCGCUGAGCACAACCUCGAGCUCCCAGUCAGACCCCACAGCCGGGAGCCCUGGGCAGCCUGCUCUGAGAGCCGAGCUCGGGUGCUGCCAGGUCCUCGACAGCUGCACCCUGCGGGCAGAGCCCCGGCCCGUGGGCCUCACCGCAAUGCUGCAGUGCAAACACGCGCAGGAGUUCAGCUUCGGGCCCCGGGCUCUGAAGGACGCGCUGAUCUCCACCAACCCGGCCCUGCAGGAGCUCUACGCCAAGGCUUUCUCCAGGGCAGAGAAGCUGUUCCUUUCCGAAGCCUACAACCCGCAGAGGACGCUCUUCUGCACGCUGCUCAUCCGGACAGCUUUCGACUGGCUCCUCAGCCACCCCGAUGCCCCCGAGGACUUUGAAACCUUCUACCACGCCAUGCUGAGGAGAAAGCAGAGCUUCUGCAGAAAGCACAUCUACCUGCAGCCUAUAGACCUGACCGAAGGGCCCACGGGGCCCUCGCUGCUGGAUUCCCUUCAGAGCUGCGUGGAGUCCUUCUUCCUGGGGCUCCGUGUGAAGUGCCUUCCCUCCAUCCCCAUCUCGUCCAUUCACUGCUGCUACCGCCACAGCCAGGACACGGACAGAGUGCAGCUGCACGCAGAUGGGAUCCUGAACUUCCUGAAGAACAACAAGCCCAUGGAUGCUCUGUGCGUCCUCGGGCUCACUCUGCUGGACCUGUACCCAUGUGAGACCUGGAGCUUCACGUUCAGCAAAUUCCUGCCAGGACAAGAGGUGGGAGUCUGCAGCUUCGCCAGAUUUUCCGGGGAUUUCCCCCAGGCCAGCGGUAGCAGCUUGAACCCACUCACGCAGAAAGAACAGUUAAGUGAAGUCAGCAAGGAGAGCCGAGAGCGGACCUUGCCGCUCAGCGCCCAAGAGAUGGUGCAGUGCUGUAAGGUGACCUGUCACGAGAUCUGCCACCUGAUGGGCCUGGGGACGUGCCGCUGGCUGCAGUGCAUCAUGCAGGGCGCACUGAGCCUGGAUGAAGCCCUGCUGCGGCCCCUGGAGCCCUGCCCCAUCUGCCUGCGCAAGCUGCAGCACGUCGUGGGCUUCAAGCUUGUGGAGCGCUACAGGAAGCUCUACGCUUGGACACAGACCGUGCUGUCCACGUGGCCAAGGCAAGAGCCAGCAGACCUGUCAGCCUCGGAGGACAUCCUUCCACUGAGCUCGGACUCGGGGAUGUGCUGUGAGAACGACUCCGAGGCCGUGACCUCCUUGUCAGAGCCGCUGACCCCGGACGUGUGCAGCCAGGCUCUCUCCAUCGGCCAGGAGCUGGAGCAGGACGAGCGCUCGUGCUCGCCGGCAGAGGAGCAGAGCCAGCCCCAGCCGGCCGGGCCCAGCCAGCCCACAGAUGUCAUUAAAGAUUACGAGCUGUGGCUGGAGACGUGCAUCGCUGCCCUGGAGAGGAACGUCUCUGAGGAGGAGCUGGCUCGAGUGGACAGGGCCGUGGAUGCUCUGGCCAGGUGGGACAUGUUCACGGGACAGCUGCCCGCUAUGAAGAAGGAUCUGCCCUUUGUUAGGGACAACACCGGGCUACGGAAAGUUCUCGGAGACAAAUUUUCCUCUUUGCGGAGGAAACUGAGUUCCAGAAAACUGGCCAAAGGGGAAUCAUCCCCUCAUCGCUGGCGCUGGGAGGACAACUAGCAAGCGCCUGCCUUCGGGUGGGCCAGCUUUGCUGCCAGAGGCUUGGCUGCAUUGCUGCCCUGCCUCCGACCUCUCACCACGAGUUGUUGCUGUCAGAGAGAAGCAGGAACUCCCCCAAGAAUAAAAGGUGUUUUUUUUUUUUUUUCUUCUGAUUGCGAGCAUGUUUUUAGGGGAUCAGUUCUUUGCUAAGGGUUUUUCUGUGCUGGUUGAAGUUACAGCGUGACUGCACGCUGCCAUCAACUCCUACGUAGGCGACUUCAUUUCCAUGCUGCAUUUCAUUUGCUCUGAAGUCAGCUGGGAAGAGGUCUCUGCUAAACACCAAACAAGUUCGCACAGAAGCUUGGGCCAUCUGAACAAACAGAUGCAAAUUAAACCGGCGCAGCUCUCUUCCAUACACAGAGCUCUCCCCUACUUAGCAUUUCUGACUGAAGCACAGCUAUUAUUCCUCCUGCUCCAAAACACUCAUCUCUAUUCCGGUCGCUGCUCUGUCAGCUGGAGGCUGAGCAUGGGAGCACAACUGAGGCCAAAACCGGGGGUCCGAGCAGGGGGAGGCGGGGGUGGAGGGGCACAGAGGGGGUGAGCAGUGGUAACAUUGCUCUUUAUGGCAGCUCCUCCGCCCUAAAGAGCAGUGUUUGUGUGGCUGCUGUCUGCUGGCACUCAGGGGGAUCUCCAGAGCUGCUGCACUUCAAAGCCAGGCUUGGAGCCAUGAGCUCACGCUACUCACAUCCUCUGCGGAUUGGUACAGGAGAGAAAAAAAAUUGGCAAAAGAAAAGAUUUCACGCACACAUGGAUUACUAACUGUAACAGGGGGAAUUACACAUGCAUUCCUCUCCCUGCUUUAGGAAGGCAAAACCUCAGCCCUCGUGCUCUUCUCCGCUCUGUAAGCACUCACUGACGAGGAACAGGAGCUGUGCUGGGCCUGGGAGCUGCCUCCCACACAGGGCACACUGUGUACAGAUACAGGUACAUAUGGAUGGGGCUCUGCAGCACCAGGGCUGCCACGCUCCACAACCAGCACGCCAGCGAGCCUGGCCCUCGCCAUCCCCGGUUCACUGAUAACGCUCCCAGACACAAUGCUUCAGCCUUCUCCCUGCUGAACAUAUCUGUGAAUUAACCACAGAGGACAGAAAGCAGGCAGGGCCUGUCCGGCCGGGGGACAGCGAGGGCAUUUCUAUCAGAGGAGCGAAGAGUUGGGGCUCUCUGGAGUGCCCGCCCUGCACGCGGUGUGAGGACGGCCUGGAACCCCACCAUGUGGUUUUGGGGUGGGCAGGGCUGGCUCCGGGCUCCCCGCCCAGCAGCAGAAAGCCCCCAGCAAACCCUACCGGAAUUACAACUCCAGGCACUGCCCUGUGCUUACUCA